AUGAGAUAAUGUCAUAUAGAGCAACAUGAUUCAUAAAAGAUCAAAUAUAUAUGUAUUGAUCCAAAAUGCUCAUAGGAAUAAAAAUUAGGUAUUAAGCUAAUGAUUUUCAAUUAUUAAUAGGUUGUGCUGAUUGUUUUUUGGAAAAUCACAUUUCAUAAUCUCCAUAAAGUCAGAGUCAUAUGAGAGUCUAGAUAUCAAAAUUUGAGGAGGAUUUAAAUUCAAAAAUAUUUAGUGUUAAAAACCUCAAAAUAGAACCAAUCACAAAUGAUUCUAGCUAAUUUGAUGAAGAUUUUAAUAUAUGCUUAAAUUAAGUAGCUUCUAAAUUCAACAAUUUUAAAGAUGAAUUAAAGAAAGAAAUGAACAAUGAUAUAUUGAAUUUUGAUAAUCGUGUUAUAGAAUUCAAAAACACAAUCCAAAAUUAAAUUAAUCCUAUAAUAUAAUAUCAAAAUUCCUCUGUAUUGAAUUGUUCUUCAGAAGAAUUAUCUAAGGCUAUUAAUUUUUAUUAGGAUUCAGAUUAAUUAUCUUAAAUACUAAAAAAAUAGAUUGAUUAAAUAGAAAAUCAUCGAGAAAAAGUUUAAUAAAACAAAUAAAAAAUAACUAUAAAAUUAUAAAAUGUGGUUGAUUAAAUGUUAAGAUAUUUAGAUGAAUAUUAAAUUACCAAGCCAAAUGCAAAUAUUUAAGGAACUCCUGAAAAAGUUGGUGUAUCUUAGAAAGCUAUUUUUUAAAGUGCAAGCAGUACUACUUAAUCCCCACCAUUAAAAACGAUAAUUGAUGCUGCUAGAUCAAAAAAAACAAUUCUUACGCAACCAUAAUAAUAACAAUUACAACAUAAAAAAGGAAUGCGUAAUAAAAAUUGA